AUGAAAUUUAAAAUAGUAUUUUGUAAUACAGUUAUCUUAAUGCUAUUUUUUAGGUUUAAAUUAGCAACUGAAACUAUGGAAAUUAGUGAGCCAACCAGAAACAUCAAUUAUAAUCCUUCAAACGUAGAUAACGUAGAAAAUAUCGAAGCACUAUAUUUUAAAUGCGUUGAAGAAAGAGGAUUAAAAAGAGUUUUUUUUUCUACAAUGCUUAAAGUUUUAGAUUUAAUGACUCAUGUAGAAGAGAGAAUAUGGAUAGAAUAUUCUUUAGAAUAUUAUUCGGGAUACAUUGAAAGGAAUCCACUUAAAGAAGAAAAAUAUAUUAAAAGGUGUUCAGGUAUGUUUAAACUGCUUGAGAAACUUAAAAAUCGUUUAUUUACAGACCAUUCUGAACAAAAACUUAUUUUUGAAAAAUCACGUCUGUUUGAUUUUAGGAAUAAAUGUUACAGAUGUGAUAAUUGUAUUGAACGUAAUGCUGAGAAGAAUUUGGAUUUUAUUUAUAAAUUUGAACGUUGUAAAAAAAAAUAUGAAUACUAUCUUUUAACUAAAGACCAAGCCAUAUUACAUAAAAAUUAUUAUCAUUUCUUUGUUUACGUUAGUGCAGAAUUAAUUAAGAAUUUGGAAUUGAAAGAUGACGAAUGGAAAGCAUUGAAAACAAUAUUUGGUAUGACAUCAAAAAAUACUAGAUAUUCAUUUUUAGAAGUAAUACUAAUUAAGUGUUUUGAAAUUGCAGAUCGAUUAAUUGAACCAAUGGCGAGAUAA